GCGGCGGCCCCGCCCCCACCCCCGGCCGGCGAGGGCGGUGGUAGCGGCCGGGGGGGAUCUGGGCCUGCGUCCUGCGCGGGGCUCGAGAGAGCUGCCCGGCCGCCCGCGUGUGUGACCAGGAUGGGGGGGUCCAGUGUGGACAGCGGCGCGCCGGACGCAGGGGCCGAGGAGGUGUCCCUCUUCAGCACCACGGACGUGGUCCUCUUCUCACUCAUCGUGGGCCUGCUCACCUACUGGUUCCUCUUCAGGAAGAAGAAGGAGGAGGUGCCCGAGUUCACCAAAAUCCAGCCAGUGUCCACCUCUGCCAAGGACAGCAGCUUCGUGGAGAAGAUGAAGAAGACGGGCAGGAACAUCAUCGUGUUCUACGGCUCCCAGACGGGAACUGCUGAGGAGUUUGCCAACCGCCUGUCCAAGGAUGCGCACCGCUACGGAAUGCGGGGCAUGGCCGCAGACCCCGAGGAGUAUGACCUGGCCGACCUGAGCAGCCUGGCUGAGAUUGAGAACUCACUGGCCGUGUUCUGCAUGGCCACCUACGGCGAGGGGGACCCGACGGACAACGCCCAGGACUUCUACGACUGGCUGCAGGAGGCGGACGUGGACCUGUCAGGGGUCAAGUAUGCGGUGUUCGGCCUGGGGAACAAGACCUACGAGCACUUCAACGCCAUGGGCAAGUACGUGGACAGCCGGCUGGAGCAGCUGGGCGCCCGGCGCAUCUACGAGCUGGGCCUGGGCGAUGACGACGGCAACCUGGAGGAGGACUUCAUCACGUGGCGGGAGCAGUUCUGGCCGGCCGUGUGCGAGCACUUUGGGGUGGAGGCCACGGGUGACGAGGCCAGCAUCCGUCAGUAUGAGCUGGUGGUCCACACGGACAUGGACGCGGCCAAGGUCUACACGGGCGAGAUGGGACGCUUGAAGAGCUACGAGAACCAGAAGCCCCCCUUUGAUGCCAAGAACCCCUUCCUGGCCGCCGUCACCAUCAACCGGAAGCUGAACCAGGGCGGGGAGCGCCACCUCAUGCACCUGGAACUGGACAUCUCGGACUCCAAGAUCAGGUAUGAGUCUGGCGACCACGUAGCCGUGUACCCGGCCAACGACUCUGCCCUGGUCCAGCAGCUUGGCGAGAUCCUGGGGGCUGACCUGGACGUCGUCAUGUCCCUGAACAACCUAGAUGAGGAGUCCAACAAGAAGCACCCCUUCCCCUGCCCGACCACCUACCGCACGGCCCUCACCUACUACCUGGACAUCACCAACCCGCCACGCACCAACGUGCUAUACGAGCUGGCGCAGUACGCGACCGAGCCGGCCGAGCAGGAGCAGCUGCGGAAGAUGGCCUCGUCCUCGGGCGAGGGCAAGGAGCUGUACCUGAACUGGGUGGUGGAGGCCCGGCGCCACAUCCUGGCCAUCCUGCAGGACUACCCGUCCCUGCGGCCCCCCAUCGACCACCUGUGCGAGCUGCUGCCGCGCCUGCAGGCCCGCUACUAUUCCAUCGCCUCCUCCUCCAAGGUCCACCCCAACUCCGUGCACAUCUGCGCCGUGGCCGUGGAGUACGAGACCAAGGCCGGUCGUGUCAACAAGGGCGUGGCCACCAGCUGGCUUCGGACCAAGGACCCCGCGGGGGACAACGGGCGCCGGGCCCUGGUGCCCAUGUUCGUGCGCAAGUCCCAGUUCCGCCUGCCCUUCAAGGCCACCACGCCCGUGAUCAUGGUGGGCCCUGGCACCGGCGUGGCCCCCUUCAUGGGCUUCAUCCAGGAGCGGGGCUGGCUGAAGCAGCAGGGUAAGGAAGUCGGGGAGACCCUGCUGUACUACGGCUGCCGCCGCUCGGAUGAAGACUACCUGUACCGCGACGAACUGGCCCAGUUUCACAAGGAUGGCGCCCUCAGCCGCCUCAGCGUGGCCUUCUCCCGGGAGCAGCCCCAGAAGGUUUACGUCCAGCACCUGCUCAAGAAGGACAAGGAGCAUUUGUGGAAACUGAUCCACGAGGACGGUGCCCACAUCUACGUGUGCGGGGAUGCCCGGAACAUGGCCAAGGAUGUGCAAAACACCUUCUACGACAUGGUGGCCGAGCUGGGGGCCAUGGAGCACGCCCAGGCCGUGGACUACAUCAAGAAGCUGAUGACCAAGGGCCGCUACUCCCUGGACGUCUGGAGCUAGGCCCGCGCCCGCCUGCCCCACAGACUCGCUUGCCCACCCGUAUAAUUGUCUUUUCCUCGCGCCCUCCUGCCAGCAUCCGGGGGUCGCCCGGUGACAGAGACUCCUCCAGGAGGUGCCACUGGAGCCCCCAGGGCACAGGGCCACACCAAGUGGCCCCUGCUUGGCGGCCACCUCACUCCCCCACGGCCGCUCGAGGUUUGACUCUCAGCUGAGCUGGGGCCCGGCCCCCUCCAAUGAUUUUCAAUGAGUGUAAAUAAUUUUAAAUAACCUUUGGCCCUUGGAAUAAACUUCUGUUUUCUGUA